UCACGGUAAACCAGACGAAGACGACCCCGCUCUGCUACCUGCGUCUCUAACAUCCUUCAGAUAUGUUGCAUUUUAGUCCAAAUGUCGCUUCAACGGAGAGGCUGCUGGAUGCCACGGAAACUGUGGGCUGAUUUAAAGACCAAGCGGAUGAUAAAACAUCGUUAAAAAGAGUGAAACCAGGACCAGCAAGAUGCGGCGUCUGUCCAGAAGGAAAGCCCUGAGCCUGGUGAAGGAGUUGGACGCCUUCCCCAAGGUGGCGGACAGCUACGUGGAGACGUCGGCGUCGGGGGGGACAGUGUCCGUCAUAGCUUUCAGCGCCAUGGCCGUUCUGGCCAUCUUGGAGUUCUUCGUUUAUCGAGACACUUGGAUGAAGUAUGAAUAUGAAGUUGACAAGGAUUUUUCCAGUAAACUAAGAAUAAAUGUGGACAUCACGGUUGCAAUGAAAUGCCAGCAUGUGGGAGCAGACAUCCUGGACCUGGCAGAAACCAUGAUCACGUCCAACGGCCUGGAGUACGAGCCUGUUAUUUUUGAAUUAUCCCCACAACAGAGACUGUGGCAAAGGACGCUGCAUGGCCUUCAGAGCAGGCUGAGGGAGGAGCACGCUCUGCAGGAGGUCCUGUACAAGACGCUGCUGAAGGGAGCUCCUACCGCUCUGCCGCCACGGGAGGACGCGUCCAAGGAGCCACUGGACGCGUGCAGAAUUCAUGGACACGUUUAUGUCAACAAGGUGGCAGGAAACCUGCACAUCACCGUAGGAAAGCCUAUUCACCAUCCUCAGGGCCAUGCACACAUCGCAGCGUUUGUGAGCCACGAGGCGUACAACUUCUCCCAUCGCAUCGACCACUUAUCCUUCGGCGAGGAGAUUCCGGGCAUAAUCAACCCUCUGGACGGCACAGAGAAAAUCACCCACAACAAUAACCAGAUGUACCAGUACUUCAUCACCGUGGUGCCCACCAAGCUGAACACCUACCUGAUCUCCGCAGACACGCACCAGUUUUCCGUGACCGAGCGAGAGCGGGUGAUAAACCACGCGGCGGGCAGCCACGGCGUCUCCGGCAUCUUCGUCAAGUACGACACCAGCUCCCUGAUGGUGAAGGUCAGCGAGCAGCAUAUGCCGCUGUGGCAGUUCCUGGUGCGACUGUGCGGGAUCGUCGGAGGAAUAUUCUCCACAACAGGCAUGCUCCACAGCUUCGUCGGCUUCUGCUUCGACGUCAUCUGCUGCCGCUUCAGACUGGGAGUCUACCGGCCCAGAGAGGGCGUGCAGCUGCACAACCAGAUGAAUAAUCUGAACAACCAUCAAACGCCUCGCCUGGUGGAAAACGCCCCGCUGUAGUCUGGGCUUCACCGUCGUUAAAUAACGAAUAUCAGCGUUCGCACCAUUAUAUGGUUUAUAUCUAAACUAAACAGGUGUUGUGCUUCAAGCUCUCACAUGUCGACUUCCGUAAAAUCCAUAUCCUUCACUGCAUGUUAGUUAAAUGUGUCGGUGGCUGUAAAUGUCUGUUUCUAAUCACUUUUUCUUUUCUUUUGUGUGUGAUUGCUUAAAAAGGAUUUUGUCUGUUUUGUUGUCUAAAAUAGAAAUUAAAUUCCAACAAAUUGGAGGACGUGUUUGUCCCUUCUUUUUUUUUUCAGAGCCUUGGUUGAGACAAACGGA